AUGGGUGCAUGCAAGAACGCGGUUAUAAUAGGGGGCAGUCCCUCUGCAUAUUGCUGCCAACGUGUUAGGGUGACACAUUUCGAGUGUGUGUGCCCUUAUGUCACCCCCAAGGUGGCCACCUUGAUACCUAUCGGCCGUACGAUUAAGCAGAUUGAAGGCUGUGGAAGAAGCGUCCCUCGCAACUUCAAGUGCGGCAGUAUCACCACCCCACCAUAA